AUGCGAAGCGGACGAGUGCGAAGGAGAGUGGUGUGGAGGCGAGCAAGCAAGGAAAAGGAAGAGAGAGGCAGAGACGACAAAGGCGGGCUUCCAACCGGCCGGGGAAGCUUCGAGUCGGCUACGAAAUGCGGAUUCCGGUGCGCGAAAGUUGCCGAUGUUAGACCCGUGAAAGGCGCCGACUUCCGAUCCACCUCGAAUCGGGAAACCAGCCCUCGUGCGAUCGCGCAGCUCCUCGCCAAGAUCAAGCAGCUCGUGCAGACCAAUGCCGCUGUGGCUCGGGCAAACACUGUGACUCGGCGCCGCUUGCUCGGAGGCCUCAUCACGCCGUCGAACUCGGGCGGCAAUCGGAGCCAGCUCAGUGCGUCUCCCGCGAGCCUGUCGUCACCCUUGCGCAACCGGAGGGCGCCGAGCAACCGUCCCGUCAUCGAGCAUCGCAAUACCAUCCGAGCUGCGAUCCGCAGGACCAGUCCCAAUCCCUCGGAGAUGCAGAACAGCCGCACCCUAAUCCACGCAUCUAUGAAAGUGCAAUUCAAUCUGCAUGAUACACCGGGCCGAAUUAUCCGCAACCGUCCCACCGUGUUUCCCACCGGUACCACUCAAGUGGAUCGUGAUGAAUUUGGCCGAGGUUGGGGUCAUGGCCGCCUUUCAGCUCCGCCAGGAGUUGACAUCGGCGCCAAUCUCGGCGAGGAGAACACCGGCGAAGGAAUCCUGGCGGAGAUCGCCACUAGGGGAGCUCUAGGCACGCAAAGCGGACAGGAGUCGUGCAGAUUCGCAUCAGCACCCUACGGACAAGGCAAGGUAGCGGUGGUGUUCAGCGACGUAAAGUUCGACGACAAGGCAGCGGUGUGGAGCUUGCUUGCGGACCCGCAGUACCAGCGCGUCGUGGUCGUCACCUCCGGAAUCAACAAGCACAGGAAUGCGGCUCAGGAGCUGGUGAAUUUCGUUGACCGCCAGAACGACCACCUUGGCUCUCGAGACCUCAAAGAUAAGCUGAAGAUCAUGCAAGGCGGCAAUCCCUUGGGCGUGGACGCUCCGCACGAAGUUUGGUACGACGGCGUCCCAGCCAUGCGGAUUCCGCGACUGAACGCGCGUGACAUGCAUCGAGAGCUUGCCGGCAAAGAGGUCGCCAUCUUCCAGAUUGCACCGGCCCAACUCGACGAUGUCAGGCUCGUUAUCGACAGCGCCGACCACGGAACCGUUCAGAGUCUGAUGCUGCUCCACGGCUAUAACAGCCGCCAGGCUGACAUGGCCGCCCAGGAACGCUUCAUUCUCCAGCUGCGACCGCUCGUCAAGAGGAACAACCCGCAAGGCGAGGUGUACUUCACGUCUUCAUUCCAGUCGUACGCGGCCAAGGACGGCGGAAAGCAACCGCUGGAAUGGGUCGCACAACGAUUCGCGCCGUACGACGUUGAUCAGGCCAUGCGAGACCCGUUCUGGUCUCAGCAGAUUCGUGCAGGAAGUCAGUUUCUGCCGUCAGGACACCAAUCGCCGCUUCCCCUCCACAGUAGAGAAGGUUUGGACAGGUACAUCUUCGAAGCCCGGCGCGAGCCCGCAAGAUACGCUGCCCGACGACAGGCUAUCUACCACCAUGUCAACGCCAUCUUGAACAGCAUGUCUGCCGAGCAGAAGGAGCAGAAAGCUCGACUCGUAGGCCGACUGGAAAACACCUUCAAGCCGGAAUUCGGUGGUGCAAGAACAACGAUCGAAAUGGCUGACGCCGCACACAUUGCGCAUUUCCAUCGCGCCCAGGCUGCCGACGGCGCUGGUGGUGUCUGGGCGAGGUAUGAGCGCGGUGUCACUGCACCGGGCUCGGCGGCAGGCUUCCAGGAAGUUGCGCAUCCCGCACAUGCUGACGGCGUCCUUCUCCAAGGUGGACACACCGCCAUGGAUCGUGCGUGGAUCGAUCAGCUGGUGAGAAACGUGCGUGGCUGA